CACUGCUCCAAGAUGGGCUGUGUAUAACGUCACAUGUUGUUUGUUUUUUAAGCUCAGUCAUUCUGAGAGAGGAGUUGUUUUGCGAUGAACUAGUAGACAUCGCAUUGUGAAAGAGCGCGGAAAUCUUCAAUUCUCGGAUAUUCAAGUUUUUCAUCUAUUUUCUACGGAUGGAUAACAAGUUCUUGAAACUGAAUAAAUAAAUUGUAAACGCAAGUAUGGCAAGUCCGCCUCUUAAGGGGGGACCCGCGUUAUCAAAUGACAACAACAUUCAUUCAAACAACAUCAGAAAAUGUGGAUACCUCAAGAAGCAAAAGCACGGACAUCGGCGCUAUUUUGUUUUGAAAGAUCAGAGUGACGGACUCCCUGCGCGGCUGGAGUACUAUGAGAAUGAAAAGAAAUGGAAAAACAAGUCCGCUGCAAAAAGAGUCAUAUUUAUCGACUCUUGCCUGAGCAUAAACAAGCGCGCUGACGCGAAACACAGAUAUUUAAUAGCACUCUAUACCAAGGACGAGUAUUUUGCUGUUGCUGCGGAGAAUGAGCAAGAGCAGGAGAGCUGGCACACAGACUUAACCGAUUUAUUAAGUAAGGGAAAAGUGUGUGACAGCCCCGUUUCUAGUUCGGCGUCAUCUCUGGUGGGCUUCGAAGAGGGAAAUUACGGUAUGAUUACACCAGUGAAUGCUGCGUAUAAAGAGGUAUGGCAAGUAAAUCUUAAAGCAAAGGGACUUGGGCAGAGCAGAAAUAUCACUGGAGUUUACAGACUGUGCUUAUCAAGUCGGACAAUUAGCUUUGUGAAACUUAACUCAGAGGUGGCAUCUGUGACACUGCAGUUGAUGAAUAUACGCAGAUGUGGGCACUCUGAUAGCUUUUUCUUCAUUGAGGUCGGAAGAUCUGCUUCUACUGGACCUGGAGAGCUGUGGAUGCAAGCAGACGAUUCUGUGGUGGCACAAAAUAUACAUGAGACGAUUUUAGAAGCUAUGAAAGCGAUGAAAGAGCUGUCAGAGUUCAGACCACGCAGCAAAAGCCAGUCAUCAGGAUCAAAUCCCAUUUCUGUACCCACUCGGCGGAACCUAAACAAUCUACCCCCUAGUCAGAUAGGGUUGGUGAGGAGGUCAAGGACGGACAGUACAGCAGCAACAUCUCCUGUCCCCAAAUUUUCUUCUUGUCGAAUACGGACAGCAAGUGAAGGGGAGGGUACCAUGACCAGGCCUGUGUCCAUGUCAAUAUCUGAGAAUGGGAGCCCAACAACUGUUGGUCGGAACCACAUGAGUAGAUCUAACACAGUCUCUGUGGGCUGCCGGACAUCAGAACCAUCACUGCUUCAUCACAGCAGGUCCAUGUCCAUGACAAUGUCCCACUCGCCUCCAUCUGCUAUAAGUCCACUAAGUUUGUCCUCAAUCAGUAUGAACGGGUCCAUCUCGUCCACAGUACACAGACCCUCCAGCAGCAAUGGUUCUGUUUCUGGGUCACCCAACGAUACUGGCUUCCUCUCAUGUGACGAUUACAGUUCUAGCCCAGGGGACGUGAGGUACAACCUAGCAAACAGGAGUGACACUCCUUCUUCUCUCUCCAGUACACCACCGUCACGAGAAGCCAGUGACCUCAAUAGUUAUAUGGUGAUGGACAGGCCGUCCCAAAACAAGAUGUGGCCAAGUAGCAGAGAAAUGCUGGAUGUGGAGACAUACCGGAAGAGGACAUAUUCUCUGACAACUCCGCGGCAACAGGUAGCACACUCCCAGGUAUCCUCAGCCUCACUUGAUGAAUACAUGCUGAUGAGGGCUGCGAACAGCCAUUCUGGACGAAGCACAAAUUCCGCCUCUCCUAAGGUCUCAUACCCGGAAGAUUAUGGGGACAUUGAGAUUGGCUCUAACAGUAAUGUAGGUGAUGAUGGCUACAUGCCUAUGACGCCAGGCAUGGCACCUCAGUGUGCCAAAAAUGAUCACUACAUGCCUAUGAGUCCUAUGAGUGUUUCAGCGCCCAAGCAGAUCAUUAACCCGAGGUUACAUCCCCAGCCAACAGGCAGUGGCUGCACUACUAACUCACCCAGCAGUGGAUCUCUAGAAGACAGUGGGUACAUGAAGAUGUGGUCGGGAUCUAAGUUUUCACUUGAGAGCGCUGAUGGCAGAGCGGUGAGUGGAGAAUACAUGAAUAUGUCGCCUGUUGACUCAUGCGUCUCGCCCACACCACCAGAUUAUUUGCUGGGUCAGUGUGAACCAACACAAAGGCCCUCCCCAUCUCUAAGUAUUCGCUUCAACAAGCAACAGGCACCUAAACGGCCAGAGGAUGACCAGUAUGUUUUGAUGAGUCCCCAAAGCCAAAAUCCAACAGAAGAGGCAAAUAGGGUUUCUGCCCUGCCCCCUCUCCGUCGCCCUGAUGGCAUAGCACACAAAGCAAGAGUCAACAGGCCCAAUAGGUUAUCUCUAGACACUCUGAGGAUGCUUCCCAGCAUGACAGAACAUCCUAUUCCUUGUGAGCCUAAAAGCCCUGGUGAGUACGUCAACAUAGACUUUGCUGCUGCUACAAAGUACUCAUCUCCCUCUGUGGUUUCUGUGGAAAGCCAAGGCUCAUUGUCCAACCUCAGACAAGGAUCCCCCCUCUCAGACUACAUGAAUCUUAACCAGAAUUCACACUCUUCUAAACUGAGGGAAGCACUCAGCAGUCCCCUGGAAAGAAUGCCAGAGCUGGCUGAAUGCCCAUGCCCACCUGAAGAGAGGGCUUUUUUCCUCAAUGAACAGAGGAACUCACCAUGCCCAUCUGGCACAGGUAAAGAUAACUACACUGAGAUGAGUUUCAACAACGGUCAGAUCUCACCUCCAUUCUUGACUGAGAAUGAUGAGAGUGCUUCAGUCAGCCCAGCUAGCAGGGUUCAAAGGCUGAACGUGAGCGACCAGGGGGUUUCAACCGGAAUUGGAGCUUUCUUGUUGGCUGCCUCCUCUGUAGACCCAAAUGGAGGAGCGAAGGUGAUCCGAGCAGACCCUCAGGGCCGCAGACGGCAUAGCUCUGAGACAUUUUCAUCCACCACCACAGUUGCUCCUGUCUUUCCUUCCUUUGCACACAGUGUUAAGCGCCACAGCUCUGCCUCAGUAGAGAAUGUCUCUGUCCGAAGCAGUGAAGGUUCUGAUGAGGAGUAUGGGUCUCCCAUGUGCCGAGAGACUUCGACUGGUUAUCAGAAUGGACUUAACUACAUUGCCUUAAACCUCAUGGGGAAACAAGAGAUGGGCAAUUGUGAGCUUGUGGGCUUCAAGACUGGUGGUUGCUGCAAAGCAGGAAUAAAUGGAUUACAUGCAACUCCAUAUGUGUGUCUGGGAUUCAAAGAGACUGUGGCCACUGUACAAGAUUGAGCAAAAGGCAGAUGUUACUCCUCCUGGUACUGAGGCAAAGUGGAAGCUCAACCAGUAACUGGACUGGAUUGGACUGGUCUGGUCUGGACUAUGCUGCUGUAAAUGAACUGUGACCUUUACACCUCAUCCUAAAGCUGAGCGUCAGUGAUUAUUCCAGUGAGGCCACUUUGACGUGCUACUCCUGUUUUUACCAUCUGCACCAUUUUUCAGGAACUGCAAAGCUGCUGCUCUGUUGGUAACAAGAGUCAUGAAACAUACAUGCCAAUUGUAUGUUUGAACAUUUAUUAUUGUUGCUGAUGUGAACACUUUGUUUUGGGUUUGUUUAAAUUCAGAACAAUAAUUGGACUAUAGCUUACCCUGAAACCUGUAAUCUUUAUUUACCUGACCUAAACAACUGUAAGGUACUUUCUGCCCUGUCGUACGAAUAGCUACAUUUGUGGAAUUGUAGUAAUUUUACAUGAUAAUGACUAAAAGAUUUCAACAAGCCCUCUUUCGGGAAAAGACUUGUAUUGAUGUACGCAAUUCAGAAGAGAUAAAAAAUUCUGAUUUUUUUUUUUCUUCAAAAUUGAAUG